UUUACUUCUUAACAAUAUAACAAAGAAUAAAAAUAAAGAAAAAGUUGUUAUCUAACAUAAAAAAAUGGGGAAACUCCAUGCUUUGAUGAUCUUUCUCGCAUCUUCUCUUCCUUUUCUCCUUCAACCCAUCCAAGUUGUUCACGGCGCCAGGUGUUUCGGAAGCUCCAACAGCAACAGCAGUUACGCUCAGAAUCGCCGUGAUGUCUUCUCUAAUCUUGCUAAUAACGUCGUCACUAACGGCGGAUCCUACAACGCUUCUGUCGGACAAUAUCCCAACAAGGUUUACGUUCUUGGCCUCUGCGCAAGGGACCACAAGCAAACAGCUUGUUCCAGUUGUGUCGAAAGAUUGACCCUGGAAACACAAAGAGAUUGUCCAAACAUAAUGGAUUCGUUCGUUUGGGGCAGUGACGAUGAAGACCGUGUUUCUUGUCUUGUACGUUCCUCAAACCAAUCUUUUGGGAACCUCGAGCUUGAACCUCCUGUUACAGGGAUAAGUGCAGAUCAAAUCGGGCCAUCUAUCAACAUGACCCUUUUCAUGCAACAGUGGGAAUACAUCGUUAAUAUGACCCUCGAGGCUGCCACAAAACCUGAUACAUCCUCUGUACAUAAGUACUAUAGUGCCUUAAAAGCCGAGUUCACCGCACUGCCAAAUGUUUCCAUGCUGAUGCAGUGCACACCUGACAUAACUUCCCAAGAUUGCAAGCAAUGUUUGGGAGUUUGCGUGACGUACUUUAGAGAACAGUUUCGGGGAAAACGAGGAGGCAUGGUUAGUCUUCCGAGCUGUUUUUUCAGGUGGGAUCUAUUUUCUUUCCAUGGUGCUUUUGAUAAUGUUACAACGGUUCUUGCACUUCCUCGACCUCAGACUCAGGAAAAAGGGAGCUCUAUACCAGAUAAGAAAGGAAGAAGCUUGCACAGGGGAAUUAUCACGAUAAUAGUGGUUUUUACUUUCAUUAAUCUUUUAAUAUUUAUUGGUUUCUUCAAAGUCAAUGCUCGAAGAAUAAAAUUAAACAAGGGAAUCAAUGGUUGUGGUGCAGAAUACUCUGAUUCGGAUGGUCAAAUUAUGUUACGGUUUGAUUUUGAUGUGAUCUCAAUGGCAACCGUGGACUUUUCGCCUGAAAAUAAGCUUGGCCAAGGUGGAUUUGGUUCGGUCUAUAAGGGGAUAUUACUAAACGGGAAAGAGAUAGCUGUGAAGAGAUUAACUAGAGGUUCAGAAGGAGGUGUGGAGUUUAGGAACGAGGUUUCACUCUUGACAAGACUCCAACAUAAGAAUUUGGUUAAGCUACUUGGCUUCUGUAAUGAAGGAGAUGAAGAGAUUCUUGUCUACGAGUUUGUCCCCAACUCAAGUCUUGACCGCUUUAUCUUUGAUGAAGAGAAGCGUUCACUUCUUUCAUGGGAAGUGAGAUUUAAAAUUAUAGAAGGCAUUGCUCGUGGUCUUGUUUAUCUCCAUGAAGAUUCUCAGCUGAAGAUUAUUCACCGAGACUUGAAGGCAAGCAAUAUCCUUUUAGACGCAGAGAUGAACCCUAAAGUCGCGGAUUUUGGGACAGCAAGGCUGUUUGACACUGAUGAGACUCGAGAUGAAACUAAACGAAUAGCUGGAACUCGUGGAUAUAUGGCUCCUGAAUAUCUGAAUUACGGGCAAAUCUCAGCUAAAUCUGAUGUAUAUAGCUUCGGUAUUGUGCUUCUAGAGAUGAUAAGUGGUCAAAGAAAUAAUAGCUUUGAAGGAGAAGGAAUUGCAGCUUUUGCAUGGAAGAGAUGGACUGAAGGAAGGCCUGAGGUUAUAAUUGAUCCUUUAUUGGUCGAGAAUCCUAGUAACGAGAUCAUUAAGUUGAUCCAAACUGGGUUGUUGUGUGUUCAAGAGAAUCCAACAAAGAGACCAACCAUGAAUACUGUAAUAGUUUGGCUUGGCACUGAGAACAUCACCAUUCCUUUACCUAAGGCUCCUGCUUUCACAAGUAGCCAUUCCCAAUCUGAAGAUGGUACAAUGUCAAUGAGCAAUGUAUUCACAGAGUUGAGUUGUCGUUGAGUUAUCACUCUUAUUAAAACAUAAACAUCAUGAUAUUUUCGUAUAGAUUUUUAUGUUCGGCCACCUCUAGAUAUGAAAUAUUUUCUGUCCCUAUUAAAAGACUAUGUCAGUAAUUUAUUUGUCUAUUCUAAUUUUUUGUCUUUUUUUC